UCCACGUAAAUUAAAUCUGUUAGUUUUAAAAAAUAUAUCUGAUGUUUAUGCUUCCAUUAUAUUUAGCUUGGGUCAGCAAAAGUGUUUCUGGCGUUCAAAAAUUUUACAAAAAAGUUCUCCCAUCUUUAUUUGUGAAAAGCUCUUGCAAUAUAAAACAGAUCUUUAUUGUAGUACGCAAUGUACUGAGCUUAAAGAAAUGGGAAAAUUUUCUCACAUUAUUUUACUAAUUUAUAAAAAUAUUAAGAUCCAGUUCCAUCAUCCAUGGAUAAUUAUACUGAGAAUAUUAAUUCCUGUUCUUUGUAUGCUAUUCCUUAUUCUUUUGCGCAAUAUGUAUAGUGUGGAAAGUAACACAAAUGAAACUUUAUAUGAGUCAUACAAUAUCUCUGGAAUAGCUGAAAAAGACCCAAAUGCUACAUUUUCUUGGCAAGUUUAUUAUUCACCGAAAAGUUCCUUCCUUGAUAGAGUAAUGAAUGAUGUAGCAAGAAAGCUGAAUAUUACGAGCAUUGGUUUUGAAAAUGAGCAGAAUUUAGUAAGUGACUAUUUAAAAUCUACUUCUGAUGUGCUGGCUGGAAUAGUUUUUGAUCAGACUCUGAAACAUGGAAUUCACUCUUCUGGCCUUAUUAAAUAUGCAAUCCGUCCACAGACUGUACCAGGGCAUUAUUGGUUUGUUCAGUCUACUGAUGAGGAUAAAAAAUUUCAACAUUCUGAACAAAAGGCAUCUAUAUGGGGCACAAAUUACAUGCUGUUAGAUUUCUUGCCUUUACAACAUGCUACUACUACUACUUUGAUGGAAAAUCUGUUGACUGACUUACGAGAUGAUGUAGAUACUUCAUUUUCUAUUGCAAUGCAACGAUUUCCUCAACCACCAUAUAAAUAUGAUACAUUUUAUUCUUCUCCUGAAUAUUAUUUUACUGUUGCAAUCUGCCUUAGUUUUCUGUAUCCAGCAGCAAACAUUGCAAAAAGUGUUGUUCAUGAAAAGGAAAGGCACUUAAAGGAAGCCAUGAGAACUAUGGGACUUGCUAAUAUGACAAACUGGUUAAGUUGGUACUUUUCACAUUUAAUAUUACUAGGCUUCUCUAAUGUUUUGAUGACGAUAAUGCUUUGUUCACCUUUUACAAAGAAUGGUGCUAUUUUCAAUUCAAGUAAUCCAUUAUGCAUUUUUAUUUGGCUCAUGGUGUAUGCUUCAAGUCUCGUAGCUUUCUGCUUUUUCAUUACUACAUUGUUCUCACGAACCAGCUCAGCUGUUGGAGGCACUUGUGUUCUGUUUUUCCUGACUUUUAUGCCAUAUAUGCAAAUGCUUCACUCCUAUCGCUUAUUAUUAUUGUCUGCAAAAGUACUUUUUAGUAUACUUCCUAAUACCCUUUUGGCUUAUAGUGUACAGGUUAUUCUUCAUUCAGAAGCGUCAGGUAUAGUGAUUUUGAUCAGUUUCUUAUCUGUUAGUUCUAGAAAUAUGAAGUGUACUAAAAACAGUUGAAAAACUUUGAAUCUAAAUACAUUGGUUUCCAGGAAUUAAGAAAAAAUCACAAAAAUAGCGAUAACUUGUUCAAACCUAAACCAAUCCAUACAAAAUUUGAAUAUGUUGUUCAAUAAGAAUUGCUAAGUAAAACUGUAGUAUGCAAAUCAGCAGCACUGCAGUUGAAAAUUGUCAUCUGUGAGGAAUUCCAUGUUCCAGAGUUGUGUUGCAUAAAAUUGCAUGUUUCAAAACAAGCCUGCAAAUUUUGUUGUAAUACUGAGAUAAGAAAUAUGGGAUAGCCAAUUUGUAACAAUGACCCUCAGACAUUGUUUGCUCGAAGAACUGUGAUGGAGAGCUUUUAAUGUAUUCGAGUUUUUGAAUUACAAAUUCUUUUAAUGUCAAGUACAGUGUUCAAAACCGGAAUGCUUAUAUCAGAUGUAGCAUCAAGUCAAUUUCUCUGUUUGGAUUUUAUUGCAAGAUAAUAUAAAAAAAAGUUCCUCAUACAAAGAUAAUCUCAAAUGCAAGUAAAAUAUUAGUUGCUCAAUUUAAUA